GUGAGAGAGCGAGACAAUACUCUUUUUUUUGUUGUUCCCCUUCACAUAGCGGAGUAAUUUUCACGCAUACACCUCGAUCGUCUGCUAAGUUUAGCAUGAAACCAGAACUUUUUUUUUUCAUUGAGAUCUUCAUAUAAAGCAUAACGGACAUACAUUUUCAGAGCAUUCAUAGUGUCCGUCAACAGUGUGCUAGCAUAUGCCUACAUUCAGGCUACUUAAUUAUAUGAACAGCAUUGUACAAGAUACAGCUUACCCACAUUAAACGAGACUGAGUGUAUUAGGAACACAGACUAUCUUUGUGGCCAUAGCUACCUGUGUAUCUACUAUGAUGAGGUGCAAACAGUGCAUGCUCGUUACAGGGUCAAGGCGUUGUAUCUAAUAAGUUGACUUUUAGUGUGAGCGACGGAUUCAGCUCAAACACUUUGAUCUGACGUCGUCAACUCUGUGCAUUCUUUUACUCAUAAUUGGAUAUUUAUAUACGGCUGUAAAGGAUGUCGCCUAAAGAACAGACACGCCUUCACUGACCAGUCGCCCCCACCCUCUUCCUCCCCUUUGUCUAGUGGAAUCCAUCGAAGGCCGCAGCAUGCCUUCAGCAAGUCCGUUAUAUACGUAUUCCAGUGUCUACACUGAGCCGCAGACCCCGUAUGUUUUGUCUGGGGAGAUCAGAAACAAUGAAACAGACUGCAUCCGCUCCACCAGCACAGCCAACUCCGUCAGCAGCAAUAAUCACAACAACAUCACCAACAGCAACCACCACUGCCCAGGCAGCAACGCGAAUCUCUACAACAUGGAUCUCAAAAAUGGCAACGGCUUCUCUGGCACUUCCGAGUAUGACCCUGUCAAGUACUUGAGCGCUAUGGCUGAGCAGUCCCUCACCGGGAACUUCACGCGGUCCCUCUUCUCCUCCAGCUGCGGGAACCGCGAUUCCCAUUCGACAUCAGGGAACAUGUACACAAACAUUGAACACUACGACAGAGGCGCAUUCUCGUCCUUAUCCUCCUCUUCCUCGAUAGCCUCUUCGUCUCCGCCUCUGUCUCCCGCUUCUUCGUGCUUUGCAUAUCCAAACACGUCGGAUCCGGGCUCCUCCAACGACUUUUUAACCAAUGACAAUGCAAGCUACCACGUGACUUCGCAGACCAAUCCAAACCAGCCUAGCAACUUUUUGAGAAAUGACAGCCCGUUCGGGCAGAGCUCUACAAGUAGUAAUCAAUCAAUAGUAGGAUUUACUGAAUCUAGAACUGCAUGCAAAAAGAGUUAUCCUUCAUGUCCAUCAGAGCAAGCCCUAUUAGACAGUGAUCGCUUGCUAAGUUGGACGCGGCAUCACCCGGAGAACUGGUCCAGUAGUGACGUCCUCGACUGGAUAUUUUUUGUGGCUCAAGAGAGAGGUCUGGACAUGCAGGACUUCAGGGGAGAAAACUUUCAAAAUCUGACCGGUGCUCAACUCUGUCAAAUGGGGCUAGGGGACUUCACUCAGCUUGAACCAAGGUUCGGCAGAAUUAUCUAUGAGAUGCUGAAGAAUCUACUAUGCGGAGUUUCGUUCAGGAAACCUUUGGAACCUGACCAGAUGUCUACGCAGUGCGAGCCCAUGUCUCCAUUCUCUUCAUCACCUUGCCCGCCUACUAAAUCCCGUAGUAGUCUUCAGGGCUACUCACACACCAGCUACCACGGCGUAGAAACGGACGUCAAUAGUAAUGGUAUUGCACAAAACGAGACUUCCUUCUUCAAGCAAGAGAAAUGUACCAAUUUGCAAAGUGAUAUCGAUAUAACUUCAUAUGAUUUCGACUUGGACGAUACUCCGUGUUUAGCGAGCUCGCAAUGCUCAGAUCAGUACCAGAAUGAGUAUGGAAUGUACCCUAUGCAGUACCCUCCACAAGAUACGCCUCCGAUGCGAACUCCCUGUUGCUACCCUACCCCACCUUUCACUGCUCAGCUUCCCAGAAGACGACCUGGUCGACCUCGGGUCAAAGGUCUUAUAGAGGAGGAAAGGGCCACUAAAGAUAAGAAAGUCAAGAAUCAGCACCUGUGGGAGUUUAUCUACGAGACACUGAUGAACCCCGCGUACAACCCUCAGUUCUUGAGAUGGGAGAAUCAAAGAGAUGGCGUCUUCAGAUUCGUCCAAUCAGAGGCCGUGGCUCAGUUGUGGGGCGGAAGGAAGAACAACGAGAACAUGACGUAUGAAAAACUCAGCCGAGCCAUGAGACAUUACUACCGAAGAGGUAUACUUGAAAGAGUGGAAGGGAGACGACUCGUGUACAAGUUUUCGCUCAAAGCCAUGGAGCGGGUGCGGGAAAACAGACACCACUAAAGAAAAUGUGUGAAGCAAAGAUGAUGAACUGACAUUUGGAAAACUAAGAAGAAGACAACAAUACUUUGAACUCAAUACAUGGCCAUGGAAAACUACAUUGAACAUGGUCUAUAUAGAUAUAUAGUCAAGUGACUUUUUGGGACAAAACUAUUUCGCUGGUGCUUUACAAUCUGUGAUUCAACAAUUUCUUUUGCUGUGCACACAUACAAUGAUGACGUCAAAAGUUAACAAUCAGAAAUAGGCUUUGCUCUACCUAUUUUUUUUUUGUACAAAUAACAUUUUGCUACAUAUCUAUAUUAUAAACCUAUUUAUUCAACAUGCUAAACACUACUUCUGUUCAUGAAAAAUAAAAAAUCGUUUUCCGUUGUAAGACAUUAGACGAUAUAAAGAAAUACAGACACAAUGCUGGUUACUAAUGAAUUCCUUGAUACGUUUUUACCAAUCAUCGAGAGUGACCUUCAUACUGGUUCAGCAGAAGUGACAUUGGAGAACAUUUGUUUGAUGCUUUGGAAUCAUCGAAGUUGUGCAAAUUUACAAGUGCUGUUAUAGUUACAUGGUUAUUAAUGAAGUGAUGUAAAUAUUUCAUUAAGAAAGAAAGAAAAGGCACCCCCAAAAAUAUGGGGGAGUGCAGUGCUCAAAAAGUAUACUCAUGUAUUGUCUGCUUUUCAUGUUGUAUUUAUCUUGACCUAAAAGCAAACAUGUUUUGAGAAACUUUUUUUUUACUUGUCGUUUGAAAGUAAAUCAUGAUGAAAUUCGUCUAUCAUUAUAUCUCUCUCUCUCUCUCUCUCUCUCUCUCUCUCUCUCUCUCUGUCUGGUUCUUAUCACGUGUCUCAUAAUUUUAAGACUAUUGCUUCCGUUUUGGUUUUGUUUGAAAUAUGUCCAUUGUUGUUUUGUUUUUUGUUUUGUUUUGACGACAUAGUCAAUCGACGACUGUAGGUCUUGGCUGCUCACUGAGGGCAAACUUUGAGACGGAUUUUAUUUCCGCCUCGCAUUUAUCCUUAGAAAUGACGAUAGAUGAGAUGUUUUCGCUUCAGUAGUUGUAAGCCAGGACUUAGAUCUGAUGCAACUUGUGAAGCCUGCUUUGAGAGAUGUACAUUUUAUAGUGAAACUUUCUUUGUACAAUUUGGACGAGUUGCUUUUUUAAAAUUUUUUUUACAAAGCUUAUAUAUCAACUUACGCGGUCUGUCUGUGUGUCAGGUAUAAAUUUUGUGCAUGUUUUUUUUACCACUUCCCAUUCUCAGAUCAAGUUGCAAUUUUGCGCAAUUGUACAUUGUCCCCAACAACACAUGGAACAAUUUUUAAAAUUUACCAAUGAUUUCAUUAAUCAGCAAUAAUUAAUUAAUUUUGUUCAAUAUAGAAAAAGGAAAAUAAAUCUUUCAAUAUUGAGAUAUACGGAUGUAAAUAUGUAGCUCUUUCCCUAUUGUAAGCUUUGUUUUUUUUUUUAAGUAUUUUUUAUAUCUUGCUUGUUUUUUUUUUUCUUUUUCAUUUAACUAGUUAUAGAUUCUCUUUUUUUUUUCAUUGGUGAUACAUCAUUUUACUAUUUGUAAAUUGUAUUAAAUAUGAUGAAAUCAUUCCGGAGUGGUAUUAUUAUCACACUUUUUGAAGAAGAAUGUAAACAUUGACUUUGUAGUGAUCACAAUAAAGCCAUAUCUUGCCAUCAAAACUAGGAGAAUAUUAUAUGCCAAUGAGUUGUGAUGUAAAUAGUACAUUUGAUUUUCUUGAUCGAUUUGGUUGAAGUCACAGACUGGAGUGUUAUUUAUUGUAAAUACAUAUUUAAUUCUUGUAUUUUUAGCUUUACGAAUAAUGUAUUCUGAAUAAAACUAUCGGAUUUUACCUUUGAAGCCAGAUUCCUUAUUCGAAAAUUAGGACCCUUGACCUUUCACUUCUUACCGCAUUCUUAACGUUUAAAAUAGGCCUAUUUUUGUUUUAUUAACAAGGAACCUCGAAGUUGAUUUUGUCCGAAAAUCUGUUAUAAAUGUUGAAUAGAUUUCUCUGGCCCCCUUCGCUAUAAAUACCACCAAAUAUAACACUAGUCAAUUAAAAAUGUAAGGGGAAAAAUUUUGCCAAUGAGGCUACUAUGUGUAUUCUUGUAUCGAAACUAUAAGUUCUCCAGCUUAAACUUGUAUUUAUGCACUGGUUUAUUUUCUAUGGUAUAUCGGAUCAGAAGAAUAUCAUUUUCAAAUGAAAACAUAUACAGCAACUCACUGACGGCUGUGUGAUGCCAAAUAUGAUACUAAUCUGGCAAAGGUAAAAAAAAAAAAAAUGGGGAAGAUGUGAGCUCAACUAUCUUGAACCUGCUUGCCGAAGAAAUUUUUUUAAUAAUGUUGAGCUUUUCAGUCGGAAGGGGCAGUCAAAUAUAGUUUUACAUACUUUUAAAUUAGAUUACCUCCCCUGUUAAGAAAAAAAUAACUUCGCGAAACUUGGUUUGGUUUGAGUGAUGCGGUAAAAAUGCAUAUGUAAUUAGCCUUUAUGUUUAUUGCCUUUAUAUUUCAUCUCUAAAGAGUUAAACAAUUCUACUCAUUCCCCUCCUCCCCCUUUUUUUUCUUUUCGUUGGCACAUCUCACCAAGUUGUCAACUAUAUAUUUUAGUUUGAUCAAAGACUUGAAGCAAUAAGAGCCCUCUGCAGAGUCUCUAGGUCCAUAACCAGUUGAGCGAAAAAUAAACAACAUUGUAGAGGACAAAAAAAAAGACUACUUCUGUGUAAAAUAACUUACGCAUGCACAAACCAAAAUGGUGCGCAAAUGAACCCAUAAUAAUCAUUACCCCACUCUCCCAUCUGAUGCACUGCGUGCGCGGUACUCUGUUGUCAACUGUGUGCAGUCUUUUUUUAAAUAAAACCUUAUACAACAAUGAAACUACGGUGAAAUGUGUUUUAAUUACCCUAACAUGUCCAAUGCAUUGUUAUUUCAUUAUUAAAGGUCGCUUUUGUUCUUGUUAUUUAAGAUUUUGUUGUUUUAUUUCUAGUCAAUUGUAUUAUUUGUGUUGAUAAACAAUAGAAGGUGAAUCCACUUUCUCUUUCUCCAUUCCAGAGAUAUAAAAAAUUGCUUUAAAAAAUAUUACAUCAAUAUAACUAAUGACAUUCUAUCGUGUUAAAAUACCAACUUUUUUUCCCCCGAUUUUAAUGUAUUAUUCCCUCUAGCAAUACUGUUUCGUUUACUGUGAUGGGAAAUUUGGAAUUCAGACUUAGAUCAUCAAUAUUUCACAAUCAAGUUUGCUUAAUACAUUCUACUAAUGUUCCACCACAUUUAUAUUUGUGUGUGUUGCUUAUUUAUAAUUUAUGAUAACAUGCUUAUGAAUGUUGCAGGCGUAUCAAAUCACGUGACGUCCAUCUAGAAUACAAAGUUUUUAACCCGCAUCGAAAGCUCCAUUUAGUAAUGCUAUAUGAAGGAUGAAUUUUGCAAUGUUACAUGUUUAAAAACAUUUUAAUUUUGUCACCACACAAUAAAUUCCAAAAAUACAUGUAAUUUAAUUUGAAUCUUGGGUUUGUAUAAUGCUCUUUCUGUCUGUUUUGUUUAAGAAUAUAUUUUUUAUUGACCAGGUUGGUGUGGUAUGUUUCUUUGCAAAGAUUUAGACAAAUGUAUGUACAAAUCAGUUUGUUACAAGCUUUCUAUUUGUAAAUGUUUGAACCUGUCUGACAAUGUAAUGCUCAUGUACAUGAAAGAUAAAAGUACAUUAAAUUUAUUUAAAUAAA